GCAGACUGGACUCAAACUGGAGAGGAGAGCACGCGGGAAAGAGAUUGACUGCAACCCCAAAAGUAGAACCAGACACUUUGCCUCCACCUGCACAAACCAAAAUCAGCUCUAUGACUGAGAUGAGCAGGUUAAUCCUAACCAUGGAGUGGCUCAUGGUUGCAUUUGUGGCCCUACUUUUGGCCAGCCAAAUCCGCUCUGAAGAAAUCACAUAUGAACACCUUAUCUCUCAGAUACAGGCAUGUCCUAAAGAGUGCCACUGCCCUCCAAGUUUCCCAAACGCUGUUUACUGUGACAACAAGGGUCUGAAACGCAUACCUGACAUCCCACCCUACACCUGGUACCUGUACCUCCAGAACAACCUGAUUGAUGUCCUGUCGGCUGACGCUCUGCGCAAUGCCACACAACUAAGGUGGAUCAACCUUAACCGCAACAAAAUCACAAGUGAAGGCCUGGAGGCAGAUGCUAUAAAGGCUAUAUCCAACCUUGUACACCUUUACAUGGAAGACAAUUUGCUGACUUCCAUUCCAUCUCCUCUGCCUGCUAAAUUAGAGCAGUUACGGCUCUCCCGAAACAGAAUCUCAAGAAUCCCACCCGGUGUCUUCUCUGGGAUGGACCGUCUCACCUUGCUGGAUCUGCAAGGCAACAAGCUACAGGAUGAUGCAGUUACUGAGGUCAGUCUGAAAGGCCUCAACAACUUGAUCCAGAUCAAUUUAGCAAAGAAUCAGCUAAAUACCAUGCCCCUUGGCCUACCACCCACAACCACACAGAUCUUUUUGGACAGCAACAAUAUUGAAAAGAUUCUGGCUGAGUACUUCAAGGGUCUUCCCAAAGUGGUGUCUCUCAGGCUGAACCGCAAUAAGCUGGCUAAUGGAGGUAUCCCAAAAAAUGUGUUUAAUCUUUCCAGCAUCCUGGAUCUACAGCUUUCUCAUAACCAGCUCACAGAGAUACCCGUUAUCUCUUCUGGCUUGGAGCACCUGCAUUUGGAUCACAAUAAGAUCAAGAGUGUGAAUAGCUCUGACAUCUGUCCACCUGGUGCGCUCGAUGAUUAUCUUGAUGAGAAGGGUCCACGUCUCCAUUACCUUCGCCUUGAUGGUAAUGAGAUCAAACCCCCUAUUCCACGAGAGCUGAUGAUGUGUUUCCGUCUCCUCAGGGCUAUUGUCAUAUAAAGAUGCCACACCAUCUUGAUACUUCUGUCCAUUUCAU